AGCAUUUCACCCACCGGUCUCUUUACGCACCUGUCUCUCCCUCUCGCUCCCUAUCCCCCCUUUUUAUCGCCUCCUGCUUACCCACCUCGAGCAACCUCCUCGCAUGAUCCCCCUCGUUGUACCUCCCUCUUCUCCCUCCUUUCCCUUCACCUGCCGUCCUUUCGCGGACGAUGCAUAUACACGACGCCGGGUGCACGUUCACCCCUUGUUCGCCACCCUCUGCUGCCUGUAGGUGAAAGAAGGUGUUCGUGGCGCAGGGCGCGUUACUAUGCGUGUGUGUGUGCGAUAUGAUGAAUGAACGGCAUUUUAGAGGGACGGAAGUAGCGCGCGGUAACACCUAGCUCUUUUGCGCGAUCGUACGUCACACACCGACGACACCGGAUCCUCGCGAAGAUGCACCAUCUCGCGCAAGAGCUGCAGUCACCCACGUGGAAGUACGGACCAGCUGCGCUGGAAGGAUUUAGUGACGCGCCGGUUCUCUCCCUGUGAUUACGCGGGACUCUUGUCGCGCACUCGUUCAUUCGUGACAGUUGAUAGAAACGCGAGGAGGUGAGCGCUUCGCUCGCGCGCUACGUGAAAAGACAGAUUUGUGAAAUGCUUCUCCUCGGCUACGGACGACGUACGCGGCGGUGCAGCGACAAAGAAGUGCGUCGUGCGACCUCGAAAAUUAAAGCGCGCGAUUGUGAACCAAAUUGACGUAAAGAAUUCGUUCGGUUGCGUUUCUUCUCAGUGUAUUAUGUCAUGAGUGCUUUUUGUUUUUGUGGAUUUUUGAGCACGUAUGCAAAUUCUUUACGUGCAUAGAAAGAAAUGCGGGGAAAUGCCGGAAUCAUGAAAGAAGCGAGCACGUGACCGUUUCAACGUGGUCGACAUUGUUUAACCAAGCCGGAAUGCAAUAUGCAGCCUGUUCUAAAUUACCUGAUGCAGUUGAUUUAAUCGAUGUAUCGAUAUUUUCAAGAGAGUAAUUGUUAUUUCGAAAAAAUAACUUUUUUUGUGAUAACCGCUCUCUUGUUUGUAAAACAAGCAAAUUUGUAUUUGCGCGAUUUGUAUUUUUUUCUAUAUCGCGUUCAUAAUAGACAGAAAUAAUACAACCGAGUGGCGUGUGUUAAAAUUGUCAGUGAGAUCGAAGUGGAUUUCUUUUUUUUAUCGUCAACCAAAAAGGCACGUCGGUCUGAUCGGACUGUUGCAAAGGAGAGCGGUGACGUGAAAUGUACCGGAAACGAUGGACCGUAAAAGCACCGGGAAUGGAUUUACAAUGUAGCAGCAAUGGGACGGGACGGAGCAAACCUUUCAAAAUGAUCUGCAUUUUCUUCUUCUCCACGCUGCUGCACGAGUGCAUCGCGUACGAAUCGCACGUUUUCGUGGCGGAUACCUCGCAAGAACUCACAAUGAGAACGCCGGAAAUCGGUGGUCCAUACUUCGACCCAACAAUGAUGUCGAACAUCACCGGUUUGGCUGGAGAAACGAUUCAACUGGCGUGCAAAGUGGAGAAUCUCGGAAACAAAACGAUCUCGUGGGUGAGACACCGUGACAUUCACCUGCUGACAGUUGGUCGUUACACUUACACGAGCGAUCAGCGUUUCGAGGCGAUGUACAAUCCGCAAACGGAGGAAUGGAUCCUCAAAAUAAGAUAUCCGCAACGAAAGGAUUCCGGUAUCUACGAGUGCCAAAUAUCCACAACACCGCCCAUCGGCCGCUCUGUUUCUCUCUCCGUAAUCGAGCCCGUGACGGAAAUAGCCGGCGGUCCCGAGCUGUUCAUCAACAAAGACAGCACGAUAAACCUAACGUGUUACGUUAGAUACGCGCCCGAGCCGCCGUCGACAAUAAUUUGGAGCCACAACCACCAGGCGAUUAACUUCGACCUGCCGAGAGGCGGCAUCAGCUUGGUAACGGAAAAGGGACCGGUGACUUCGAGCCGUUUACUCAUUCAGAAGGCGAUCGAGAGAGACUCCGGCCUUUACACGUGCUCGCCCAAUAACACUCAUCCUAACAGCGUGCGGGUCCACAUAGUUGAUGAAGAACACCCAGCGGCAAUGCAUCACUGCGGCGGCGACAGAACGGCCGCGACGCUGCUUCCGGUCGUCCUACUUCUUUGGAUGAUAUUCUAGCCGACACUAUGUACUCCGGGCUGAAUGCGCGCAAACUUAAGCGCUGUCGUCCAACUUUCACGAAACCAUCGGGCGAAGGGGGUUCUGUUUUCGCGGUUUUGUCUCUCUUCGAGGAUUCGACUCGUUGCUGCGACGCGUCUAUCUCUCGCGAAAGUAACAAUAUCUCUAGCGUCACGAGACUCAGGGUUGCGUCUUUCCGAGUGUUACACGUCGUUAGAACGUUAGGCUGAUCGGGACGCAUUCCCCGCCUUGUGACAAAUCCAAUUGUGACAAAUCCCGUGCCGUCGCCUAGAAAACACGAGCAAAGACGAAUAUUGUUAAGCCGGGAUUCCACGGCACGUGACUCGUUGAGUUUGGCGCAAUUCACUGAGCUCAGCUCGCGGCUCGUGACUUGUGUUUCCUAUUGGUAAGUAGAUCGCGAGUAAAAGAACUUCCUCCUGGGUCACGAGUCAACAAGCAAAAAUUUUUUUUUAAUUUCUUCUAACAUAUCUGUUGCAUUUUACUUAAAACAUAUUACUAUAAUAUCAAUGUCAUUAUUAAAUUAACAAAAAAUUAUGCUACGUUGAUUUUAUAUUCAAGGAAUGACAAUCACUGCCGUUAGUGUUUUACUUUGCGUUAAUGUUCAAAUUAAAAAAAAAAAGUACAAGUUGCUGCAUAUUUUGUUUUCUUUCAUAUGUUUGUUUUUACACAAACAGAAGCUACGUGUCGUGAGAUCAGAAAAGUUGUAGCUUGUUGAAACUUGUUGUUUGUCAAUGACGAACAAGUUCGAGCCACGCGCCGUGGAAAUCAUCGACUUUAGAUACGUAUCGGCAAAUGAUGGAUUAAUAUAAUUGCUGCCGAGUAUAUGUACAUCGUUUAGUUUUCUGUGUGUGCGUAAUAUAAUAUAUACAUACAUAUAUA